UGAUCACAGAGCAGUGUGUGGAGCAGUUGCUUUUGCUCUCCCUCUCUUUUUUUUUUUCUACCAGCGAGUUUGAUCAUGGUUCUCUCACCAGCUCUGUGGGGAUUUGAGAGUUAAACAAAUGUCACGUCAGCUCCGCUUGCAUUUUGYGUCAAGAAGAAGCAACACGGACCCCCUGUCGGAAAGUUUCAGCAGCCACGGUGAAGACGGAGUCRGUGUGUCAGCUCAUGGCCCCGCAGAGAGUCUGGCGCACAGUUCUGUCCACUUGAAGGUGACUCCUCUGUCACCAGACUUUGCCAGCAGUCAGUGCUCUUCAGUGUUCAUACCCAGGGUUAACACUGGAGGGUGUAAUAAGAAGAAUGUCCUGCAAAUCUCGCUGCAGCCUUGUGGAAAACUUAGUGGAGACCUGGACGGCAGCAUAGAKGAUGGAGACACAGCUGUUGUUGGUGAGAGUGGAACUGGUUCCGGCUCUGACGGAGGCUCUUGCAACAGCAGCAUGGCUAGUGAUGCAGGUUACUGUAGCAGCAACAGCAUCUUUGAGCCGGAGUUUCCAGAAAAGCACAGGACGAACCAGGAGAGGACUUCACUUCGCCACAAGUGCAAGGUCCCGCUGAGACGCUGCUCCUCUUUGAUUAUAAUUCCAAAGAGCCCUUGCAGCACCCCACCUGCCUCCCCAGUAGGUCCUCUUUCUCUGUUGGCUCACCUACCACCGAGGGGAUCUAUUCAGUCACAUCAUCAAACACCUUCCUGUGAAUUCCCACAAGAGGAAGAGGGAGUUACGACUUCUGAAAAUGGUCAUCAUCAAAUAAAAGGAAGCUGCUCGGCUGAGCUUAAGGACACAAAACACAUGGUGCACUUUAAUAUCCCUUUACAGGAUGAACCAAGAUGCAAAGCAGAGGACAAGAAUGUGGUGACGGAGCUGUCAUCAGCUCCUGACAGAUCUAAUCUUCAUUCUAGCAGCGUCCUGCUGCAUUUUGCCCAUCAGAGACCACUGAUAUCUGUGACAGGAGCCACAACAAUGGCUGCAGUCAAAGAAACUCAUUCCUCAACUGAAAACUCUGGACUUAAAGACGACACUCACAAAAAACUGUAUCGCAGUACCUCUGCUUGUUUGUUUUCCUCAACUAAGUCAUCAGAGAAAAACAAUAAAGACCAUUCAUCAGGAAAAGAUCAGCUCAGGCCUGAUAGAAAGCACUGUCAUCAGGCCAUACAGAGGAGCUUUUCCCUUGAGGUGCCCUAUCCUAACAGUGGAAUUUCAUGUCACGUUUCUAACUCAAAGCUCAGCAGCCCGUGCUCUCCACAUGUACAUAUUCAUUUGUCCCCAUUCUGCCCUGCAAAGUUUUCCAGCUCUGUUAUGGAUUUUAAUAAAAGACGUAAAGGAAGUAAUACAGUAAACAAUUCAGGUGAAAAUGAGACACGUGAUGAUUUCCUCGGGCAGGUGGACGUCCCCUUAAAUCAAAUUCCGACAGAAAAUCCAAACUCAGAAAGACCAUACACAUUCAAGGAUUUUCUGCUCCACCCACGAAGCCAUAARUCCAGGGUUAAAGGUCAUCUGCGUCUCAAAAUGACCUAUCUGCCAAAAAACUCAGGCUCAGAAGAAGAGGCGGCAGAUCAGACUGAGGACUCGGAUCCUGGUUGGGAGCUUCUGGAGUCACAGGAUAUGUCAGGUCCCAGACAAAGUCAGCUACUGCCUCCUCUGCCCCAAGGCUGGGAGGAGCGGCAGGACAACCUGGGAAGAAUCUACUACGUCAACCACGAAAGAAGAACCACACAGUGGCAGCGACCCACAGCACUGGACAGUGAUGUGGAAGUUCAGAGAAGACAGAACAACAACAUGGAUGCGGAGCUUCCCUUCAUUACACGCAGACAGAUUUCAGACCAUGAUGAAAACACUGCACACGAGCCUUCAGAGAGCUGGGAAAUCAUUACAGAAGAUGAGUCCACCUUGUAUCAUAGAAAUAACCACAUAUCCCCUUUCUCUCAAGAGCCACAGCUCUCAGCUCAAGAGCAGCGCCCCUCCCAGACCAGUCGUGUGAGUAAUUCAAACCAUUCCAGUCUYAGAGAAAGUGCUCAGACUGUAGCCGGAGAGGAAAGUCCCAUUAAUCCCGUGUUGCGUCCAACCUCAGCUAACUUGCCUCCAGGCUGGGAGGAGAAGAGGGACAAUAAAGGAAGACGCUACUUUAUCAACCACAACACCCGAACUACCACGUGGGUUCGACCUGUUAUUCAGAGAUCUUCAGAUGCAGCAUCAGGGCCAUCAGCAGCAUCAGUGCCAUCAGCAGCAUCAGGACCAUCAGCAGCAUCACACAGUGGARCAGGCUCAUCUCAAAGCCUGUCACCACCCCAGCCGACUGUUCGAGCUGAUCAGGCUCCUCAGUACACACCAAGCACCGACCACACCCCAGCUGAAGGUGGCUCCUUACCCCAAGGCUGGGAGGUCCGCAGUGCUCCCAACGGAAGGCCCUUCUUCAUCGAUCAUAACACAAAGACCACUACCUGGGAAGAYCCCAGGUUUAAGGUUCCUACACAUAAGAGGAGGGCAGCCUCGCUSGACCCAGCUGACCUCGGCCCUCUGCCACCUGGUUGGGAAGAACGGGUCCACACUGACGGGAGAGUAUUCUACAUAGAUCACAACACCAGGAACACACAGUGGGACGAUCCCAGGUUACAGAACUCAGCUAUAACUGGACCUGCAGUGCCUUACUCUCGAGAUUAUAAACAGAAGUAUGAAUACUUCAGAAAGAAGCUGAAGAAGCCRGCCGACAUCCCAAACCGCUUUGAGAUGAAGCUUAAACGAAGUACGGUGCUGGAGGAUUCAUACCGACGCAUCCUCGCCGUGAAGAGGCCGGACCUGCUGAAGGCUCGGCUGUGGGUGGAGUUUGAGGGAGAGAAAGGACUGGACUAUGGGGGUGUGGCCAGGGAGUGGUUCUUCCUCAUGUCCAAGGAGAUGUUUAACCCGUACUAUGGACUGUUUGAGUAUUCUGCCACAGACAACUACACGCUGCAGAUUAACCCUAACUCAGGUUUAUGUAAUGAGGACCACUUGUCUUACUUCAAGUUCAUCGGUCGUGUUGCUGGCAUGGCUGUGUAUCACGGAAAACUCCUUGAUGCUUUCUUCAUACGGCCUUUCUACAAAAUGAUGCUGCAGAAGCCGAUUGCCCUGCAGGACAUGGAGUCUGUUGACAGUGAGUAUUUCAACUCCCUGAAGUGGAUUUUGGAGAAUGACCCAGAAGACUUGGACAUGAUGUUUACCAUUGACGAGGAACUGUUUGGAGAGACCCAUCAGCAUGACCUGAAGCCUGGUGGAUCCGAGAUUGUCGUCACCAAUGAAAACAAGAAGGAAUACAUCCACCUGGUGAUGCAGUGGCGGUUUGUGCACAGAGUACAGAAGCAGAUGAUGGCCUUCAAAGAUGGUUUCUUUGAGCUGAUACCACAAGAUCUGAUCAAGAUUUUUGAUGAGAAUGAGCUCGAGCUGCUCAUGUGUGGUCUCGGCGAUGUGGACGUGAACGACUGGAGGAAAAACACUAAGUACAAGAACGGCUACACUUCUGAACACAAAGUUAUCCUCUGGUUUUGGAAAACUGUGCUGCUGAUGGACGCAGAAAAACGAAUCCGGCUCUUACAGUUUGUGACGGGAACGUCAAGAGUCCCGAUGAACGGCUUUGCUGAGCUCUACGGGUCUAAYGGACCUCAGCUGUUUACCAUCGAGCAGUGGGGUACAAGUGACAAACUUCCCAGAGCCCACACAUGCUUCAACCGGCUGGAUCUUCCACCUUAUGAGUCCUUUGAGGAGCUGAAGGAGAAGCUUCACAUCGCCAUUGAAAAUGCACAGGGUUUUGACGGUGUGGAUUAGAGCGUACACAGCAAAAUGACAGAAUUGCUAACAGAAUAAAGCCAGGCUGAGUGGCCUGGAGAAGAAACAAAACAAAAUAAAGCUUCGGAGCAUUGGAGGUGAAUCUUAACCUGCCAGCUGACUGAUGAAGAAAACAUCACUCGACCCUCUCUGCUUCUAUGUUGGUGCUCACAAGGAAAGACACCACGUCUAGAGCGACUGGAGUGUUUUUAUAUCUCUCCAUGUUUUUUAAAGUUUACAAAUCAGUUUUUUUUCUAUUUGAUUAAAAAAAGUCACUCAAAGCAGUAUGUAUAAAUCAUCUGUUCUGCCAAAUGCUUAAAUGUGCAAAAAAUAUUGCAAUAUAUAUUCCUUGAGCUGAUGCAAUGAAAAAUACUGUGAAGGAAAUUUGAAAGAACUUUAGUUUAAUGUGGUCCUCCUCAAGCUCACUCAUCUAAUACUUAUGUCUUUUGUCUUCACAGCACAUUAGAGGAGAGAAAGGUUUAAGACCCCAGCCAAAGUCAUWAGUAAAGAGUUUUAUACUUAGCACUUACUCUUAAUGUCAUGUAUUUGCAAGUUUCAAACAAGGGUUCAGCCACUACCAGCUACAAGCUAACCAAUGACAAAUAAAAGAUGCUAACAUUUAGCAAUCAGAUGCAUCUGCUGCUCACAAAUUUAAUUGGUUUAAAUCCCACUCAGGUGUGAAGCUUGACUGCAUCUGACUUUUUCUCCUUUUUUUUUUUUUUUACUUUAACUCAUGAUUUCUGCAAAUCUGGGCCAGAUUAGAACAAGAAUAGCUGGAUGCACAACACUCUUUAUCUGGUCACUUUAAAAAAAGAAAAWUUUCAGCCCCCAUUUCAGAGGUGAGGCUCAUUUUGACAUUUGGAAAUUCUUUGUUUGCCAUAACAUAAUUAAACUGGUGCAUCUUUAAACUUUUUUCUGUAUUUUAUCAUUCCUGUGUUUGAAAAAAGCAGACGCAGUGGAUAAGAUAUGGACCUCAAAUGCAUUUAUCACAGAAAAUCUACAGGUCUACAAAUCUGAGCAGCUUCAGUUAAAAUAAAUGUUUUAUUAAUGUAGUGGUGUACCAAUAACAGGACCAGCUAAAGACUAAAUAAAUUUGUCUGUAUUUAGUGUAAUCUAACACUAAGAGACGCAGUGUUAGAAUGUGCUGAAACUCAAUGCAUACUUGUACAUAUUAAUGUAAGAUAGCUGCUUUUUCACUUGCUCAGAUAUUAUGUGGAUUUAUAUUGUACCCGAAAAUAAACAAACUACAGAUUUAUAAAUCAUUUGUUUAUAUAAACCUCCUGUGUUGUUCAGUAGCUUCUCAAGUUUAACUUUGUGUACCAGAAAAUUUAAUAAAUGUAAAUAUGCCUUUUUUUUCCCACCUGGGGUUAUAACUUCGCUCAAACAUUAUCAGACAAGCUGCCUUAAACAUUUUGCUAAAAACUUUGCCUUUUGCUGUUUAAAUAUCAGUUUAUCUCCAACUCAUUAAGAGUGUCUAUAUGCUCUAUUUUUAAGAGUGAAACUUUUUUUUCUUCUCUAAAUAUGUACAGAUUAUUUUUUUUAUCAAACUGGGCGAUGACUUGUGAUACUUUUGUGAGCAACUCAAGUUUUACCACUUUUCUGAAGAGUGAGACGCGUUUACAGUCGCUGCCAUGUUUACAGAUCUGUGAGGGAAGAAGGUAAACUGGGYCGGUUCUCGUCUCUGAUGAUGCUCUUUACUACUUAUGCUUUUAUAAAAAAAACUUUAAAAAAGAAGCACUUUCUUAACGUUAAAGAGUCUUACUUCUAAAUUUGUCAGCCUGUCCUGCAGACAGCCUAAACCUCUGUCAGAACGUCAUCUUACGCUUCGAGUGCACGUGGGUUUAAAUGUUUACAUGUGAAUCUUGCAUAAAAUGAGCACAUUCUCCUCUUUCCCUUUUUUAAUUUAAAACUGAAAGGCCUUUAUGUGUAAUGUGUUGUAGACUCUUAAUUAUGACUGUUGUAUGUUUGAAGUCCUAUUACAGGUUUAUUGUAUCAGAUUUUAUGAUUGUGACACCUAUAAGUGCUUUACAAUACAAGAUGCAAAAAUUAAAUCUUUAAAUUGUUGAUGACCUGUGGAUAAAAGCAGACUGAAUAUAAAUAUAUUUCCAAAAUAAACAAAUAUAAAAACAGGUAA